AUGGAAGAGAUUGAGGGCGCUGGAUGCGUUGCUAACAUGUCUGUGUUGAUUGCAGGCGCGCAUACUCCAAGACCUACAAGGUCCCACGUCGUCGUAAGUAUUGAGCUAUUCUCCAAGUUGCGAUUUGGAUAUUCCGCAGGGGAAAAAAGUAGUCGACUGAAUGACUCCGAAUUGAAGCUGGUCGGCGAAUAUGGCCUCCGCAACAAGCGUGAGGUGUGGCGUGUCAACCUGACUUUGUCCAAGAUCCGUCGUGCUGCUCGGUAUGGUUUUUUCCUGGAAUUUAUGGUAUAUGUGAUAUCAGGAGGUGGAGCGCUAAUAAGGAGUGGCUGCAGUGAGCUUCUCACCCUUGACGAGAAGGAUCCCAAGCGUCUUUUCGAGGGUAACGCCUUGAUUCGACGACUUGUCCGUGUUGGUGUCCUCGACGAGUCCCGCAUGAAGCUCGAUUACGUGCUUGCUCUUAAGAUUGAAGAUUUCUUGGAGCGCCGUCUUCAGACUUGCGUCUACAGACUUGGAUUGGCCAAGUCCAUCCAUCACGCCCGUGUUCUUAUCAGACAGAGACACAUCCGUGUCGGCAAGCAAAUCGUCAACGUCCCAUCCUUCGUUGUCCGUCUUGACUCCCAGAAGCACAUUGACUUCUCCCUCACCUCUCCUCUUGGUGGUGGUCGCCCUGGCCGCGUUAAGCGCAAGAAGAUGAGAGCUGCCGAGAAGGGUGAUGACGAGGAGGAGGAGGAAGACGAGGAGUAG